AUGGCUCAGACAUUCGCAACGGAGUAUUCGAGUAGAGAAAUCACUCGAGAUCCCACAGUCAGAGCAUUCAUCGACAACACACUCACAGACCUAGUUCAUGAGCUCUCGCUAUCCCCAACGGAAGCACACCCAUCAAUCACCCUCAAGCGCAGAGCCAAUCCAGCAGCCUGUGUAAUCAAUCCGAUCAACGGGGCAUUAGAGGCCAAUCUCAGAGCCGAAACAUACAAAACAUACUCUUGGCCAGGGACCACAGCGUUUGAGGCUUGGAAGUUCACUGUCAUUCUUCGGAUCCUGGCUAUCAUUGACAAAGCAAUUCGGAGUGGGCAGUCGAUCUCCAAAAGAGAUAUAUACUACAUCGACCCACAAUACUUUCGUUCUCAGCAAACGGUGAACGGUGUCAUUGAUGACCUUGUUUACACGAUCGGCGUGGACAGAGCUGCGUUGAAUGUGGAAGCAGCAGCGAAGGGCCUGAUAGCUGGGUGCCUUCGGUUGAUUCGCGAUUCACAGGUCGUGGUUAAUGCCCAGUCUGCCACCGAGGAUACUCUAAUUCCUCGCAUUGAGAAUGAUGACGAGAUUGACAUCUCUCGAGCCCGAUGGGUACUCGUCAUUGAGAAAGAGGCAAUCUUCCAUCGUUUGGCACGCAGUAACUAUCAUAACAGAGCAAUAGCCGGAGAAGGAAUCCUGGUUACAGGCAAAGGCUACCCUGAUCUAUCAACCCGCGAAUUCCUACACAAACUCUCAAACGUGGCAUCGAACCAGAAUAGACCACCUCUCCGUUUCUAUGGCCUCACAGAUGGCGACCCACACGGCAUGGCCAUCUUGUCAACAUACAAGUACGGAUCCGCAGCACACGUUCACGAGAAUGCUCGAUUGAUUCUCCCACGGCUGCAGUGGUUAGGCGUCAGAGUGACAGAUAUUAUAGCGGUUCCUGAUGCGCCAGGAUACAAGGCUCUUCUCUCGUUAACUCCUCAGGAUCGGUCGAAGAUUGUUGCGAUGCUGCGGAAUAGUCCUGUUUGGGCUAGUGAUGGGCCUGCGCUGGAGUGGCGGGUUGAAUUGCAGCGGAUGCUGAUGUUGAAUUUGAAGGCUGAGAUUGAGAUUUUGUAUGAGUGUGUUGGAGGGCUGGAGGGUUGGAUCGAUCGGAGGAUGUUUCGGCAGGAGUGA